UGGAUCCCACCAUGCAGCAUUAUGCCAUAAGCUUGCCUCCCAUUCCCAGCCCCAGUAAUAAAGUGCUCCUCUGUGGAAUGAGCUAACAGUGGGCUACCAUGAAGUGUGCCCUGGUAGCUCGAGUGUUUCUCUGUAGCCAGAGAACUAGCAGGAAAUGCAGCUUGGGUGCCUCUCCACUUGUCUCAUCAAUGCAGCUUUCAUUCUCACUCAGUGGGGCAAGAUGGAAGCUGUACAAAAGGACCACUGGUACUUUGUGGUACUCAUCUUUCUCCCUUUUCUUAAAGUUGCUGUCCAGCAGAAAGUGGCUGUUACAGUUCGACUGGAGGAAGGAAUGGUUCUCGACUGUUUGUGCCCCUGGAAUGGCAACCUCAGCAUGGUGUCCUGGACCAAAGUGCCAGACAAGAAUCCAGUAGCUGUUUUCCAUCCAGAGUAUGGAGUGGCCUUCGCUCACCAUUACAGGGAGAGGAUAGAGUUUCUGAGGACAACGCCUAUGGAUGGAAGUAUUUCCAUGAGGAACGUCACUCAUCAGGAUAUCGGGCUUUACCACUGCUCUGUUCAGACCUUCCCACAAGGCCCCUGGACCAGGAACAUUCAGGUGGAGGAUUUAGAUGAGCCCCCUGAGGAAGAAGAUAUCACAGAGCCCCCCAACACAGAGCUGACUGUGGCAGACAUAGAAUUGGUGGCAGAGCAGAACAACAACCUGACCCUCAGCUGUAACCAUGAGCGCAAUACUACCGUUUACCAAGUCAUUUUGGAGAAGAUGCUGCACGGCCAAUCCGCAGACAUCAUUGGUGUGUGUAAGAAGGUGGAGGGGGGCCUGGUGCAUGAGGACUACAGCGACAGGGGAAGGGUCAGUUGUGCCCACAGCCUGGAUGUCAGUCUGCACCUGACAGGUGUGGUGCUGGAUGAUGGUGGUUUCUAUCGCUGUACCUUCAGCACAGAUGCAGGGGUGCAGACCACCACUGUGCUGCUCACAGUGUUCACUUCAGGUGGAUUCCUCCUAUCCGUGUACAUGAUAUGUAUUUACAUCGGGGCUGGAACUGCUGGGCUUUUUCUAUUCAUAGUCAUCUUCAUACUGGCAUUAAGGCACAGGAUGAAGAACAGGAGAGAGGAGUAUAGAGUCAAACUGCACCCAUCUCAGAGACAGCCAAACUUCUACGAGAAUAUCCCUGUGUGUCCAAGGACCGCAAAGAAGUCCAGGCAGAUAAGAGCUUGCCCUGUGUAUGCCAACCUACAGACUGUGCGAUCACACAAAACCAGAUGUCAGCCUCACGAUAAAUGAGCAUACAUAAAUAUGAUGUAGUGCAUAAUGUGAAUGCAUAGUUUUUAUCUGUCACAGAUGUCAGUGUGCUCUCAGGUUUUUACAACAAAUCAUAUAUAUGAACAAAAAUAAUGGUAUAUUGACAAGUGCUGAGUACAAUUUAUUUGAGGAUUUUAAUAAGAUGCAGGGAUCACAGUGACACUGAUUACCAUUCAUAUUAUAGUUUGGAAUGCAUUAACAAGCUGCUGCUCAUGUAAUUCUCAGACAGGGUUGGGUCCAGCCCUUAAUUAGAUGUAGUAUGUACUACAUGAUUACUAUUGAGAAAAUAUGUAUUUUAGGCAAAACAAUAUUUGACAGUAACCAUCGUGCAGAAAGAGCAGACAAAAGCCUGUAUAAUCAUUCUUUUCACUUCCCUAACCACUGAGUACAACAACUGACAAAAGCCUGUAAUUGCUCUCCUUUUACUUUCGUCCCUCCUGGUUUCCAUUCAGAGGUUGACAAUAGUGUCUAAUCAUCUAACAGAAAAGAAAAGCAGUCACUCAGCACUGUACCAUCAUUUGAGACUGUGGCUUUCCCCAUAGGGCUUUCUGUCUAGCAUGGCUGCAUUCUAGUUACAACACGCUCUUAUUAUGAAAGAUAAACUCUAAUUAGCUCACUCAGUGCUUCAGUUCAUAGCUCGUUAUACUUUGUCUGGGUCCUGUUUUUUUUCUGCUUUAUGAAAUGUGAUAAAAAACAAACUAUUUUUUAUGAUAAGCUGUCACAAGUUUUCCAAGUUGUAUUUAUUAUUUUUAUGAUUUUUAAUCUUGCCUGUAUGCUAUUGUAAAUCUGUAUUCAAGGUUUAUGGUAGUACUAUUAAACUGUGUGUUGUUUAUGUGUAAUCUGAUUCAUUUAUCUCCAUAGAAAUGGAGGCAGUGGCCGAGGCAUUAAUGGAUAUGUGGGCUAUUCCACUAGGAAACAAGACAAAGGUGGAAAAGGUAGAAAUGUGGGACAUAAAGGGACAAUAUAGUUUUGGAAUCACGUUUUUGCCUUCAUUCUCUCAUCUUGCUGUUCCUGACAAAACAGUAGAAGCUGCAAGUGUACAUUUGACUGUGAUAACUGAAACUGUUGUGUGUGACUGUAAAUGACUCCCUAUAAUAUAAAAAAAAAAAAAAAGUUUCAUAACCACUACCUCACCUCUUUCCUUUGAUGUGGGAAUGUGACAAAUGGAAACUAAACUGAACUCUACAUUGUUUAUUGAAAACUGUCUAGGAAACCAAACCAUUUAUUGUAAAAUGGAAAAUAACUGUGUCUGAGU